CGCCCUCCCUCCCUCCAUCCAUCCAUCCCUCCAUCCAUCCCUCCCCGCCGCUCGCCGCCGGGCUCUGCCUCGCCCGCUUCUCCUCCCCCCUUCCCUCCCCAUCCCCGCCGCCAGCCAUGGCCGACAUGAAGACGGGCAUCUUCGCCAAAAACGUCCAGAAACGCCUCAACCGCGCCCAGGAGAAGGUACUUCAAAAACUAGGAAAAGCAGAUGAAACAAAAGAUGAACAGUUUGAAGAAUAUGUUCAAAACUUCAAACGACAAGAGGCAGAGGGUUCCAGGCUCCAGAGAGAACUGAAAGGAUAUUUAGCAGCCAUUAAAGGGAUGCAAGAUGCCUCAAAGAAGCUUACAGAGUCUCUUCAUGAAGUAUAUGAGCCAGACUGGUAUGGGCGAGAAGAUGUGAAAAUGAUUGGAGAGAAAUGUGAUGAACUUUGGGAAGACUUCCAUCAAAAACUGGUGGAUGGGUCAUUGUUGACCUUGGAUACAUAUCUAGGACAAUUUCCUGAUAUCAAAACUCGCAUUGCAAAACGAAGCAGAAAGCUGGUGGACUACGACAGUGCAAGGCAUCAUCUAGAAGCCCUGCAGAGCUCAAAACGAAAAGAUGAAGGCAGAAUUUCCAAGGCAGAAGAAGAGUUUCAAAAAGCACAGAAAGUGUUUGAAGAGUUUAAUACUGAUUUACAAGAAGAGUUGCCAUCUCUGUGGUCACGACGAGUUGGCUUCUAUGUGAACACGUUUAAAAAUGUAUCCAGCCUCGAAGCCAAGUUUCACAAGGAAAUAGCUUUACUAUGUCACAAAUUAUAUGAAGUGAUGACAAAGCUGGGAGACCAGCAUGCAGAUAAGGCCUUCACCAUUCAAGGGGCGCCAAGUGACUCAGGUCCACUCCGCAUUGCGAAAACACCAUCACCACCAGAGGAGGUCUCUCCCCUGCCUAGCCCUACUGCUAGUCCCAAUCAUAUGCUGGCACCAGCAUCUCCAGCACCAGCCAGACCUAAGUCACCCACGCAGCUGAGGAAAGGUCCACCAGUCCCACCGCUGCCUAAGCUCACACCCACGAAGGAAUUGCAACAGGAGAACAUCAUUAACUUCUUUGAUGACAACUUUGUCCCAGAAAUCAAUGUGACAACCCCAUCACAGAAUGAAGUUCCUGAAGCUAAGAAAGAGGAAUCUUUGCUAGAUCUGGACUUCGACCCUUUCAAGCCAGAAGUUACAUCAACAGGAGUCACUCAUUCACCCAUGUCUCAGACAUUGCCAUGGGAUCUAUGGACGACAAGCAACGAAUUGGUGCAGCCGCCUGAUUCUUCAAAAAGUCUUUCCCUGUGUAACCUGGUCAUGGAGGAAACCCCAAACAGUGGGUCAUCUGAAGAUAUUAACAGAUAUCAAACUAAUCUAGGUUCACUCAACUGGGGCCUAGAUGUUAGCACACCCAGUGUCAGCCAGGAAAUUACUGCAGGAGGUUCUUUGCUUUUCCCUGGGGCAGAGCAAACCUCAAGCAAACCAACGGAUACUCUGCCUGCUAGUGUCUGGCCUGCUGUAGGUGUGCAGGAGGAUACUGCGCCAGAGUCAGCUUCUCUAAACGAGAACCAGAAGACUUCACUAGAAGACCAGUUGGAUGCCAAAAAUGUCCCAUGGGAAGAUGUGGUGACCGAUCAGCCUUUAGAAAACAUAACCAGUUUUGAGACACCCAUCCUGGGAACCAAUAGCUUGUUGGAUGAGCCCGUUCCAUGUGCUGUGCAAAAGGCAGAGGAAGAGCGAGAGGAAGAAAGUGUCAAAGCAAGUGAAAAGGCAACCAGCACAGCAUUUAAUGGAUUUGCACAGGAUACCUCUGCAUUUACAGUGCAAUCAAAUGAGAAUGUGACAGAGCCUUCGACUGAGGCUGGAGAAGCUCCACCUGCGGAACCCAAGGUCGAGGAAACCCCUGCGGCUGCUGUUGCUGAAAAGGAGGCCAUCCCUGCUGAGCCCGCCGAGCCAGCAGAGCAGGCUGUGGACAGUGUCGAGGCAGGGGAUAAAGAGACAACGGGAGUUGCUGAGAAAGAAAGCGAGGUGUUACCUGUCACCGAAGGGGCUGCGGAGGCAGAAGAUGGUGCAGCUGUAACAGCAGGAACCAGUGAUGGUGCUGCUACCACUGAGCAGGAGGGUGUUGCUGCAGGUGACAAACCUCAGGGAGAAGAAAUGGAGGCCCAUGUGUCUCAGGAAAAAGUCAGCAGCAUCCCUUCAGUAGUAAUAGAGCCAGCAUCAAACAAUGAGGGGGAGGGAGAAGAACACGAAGUUGUUGUGAACGACUCCAAAGAUGCUGCAGCAGAGGCAGGCACUCAGGGCACCGACACGCCUCCCAGUGACACUUCCCAAGUUGGAAGUGAGCAGAAACCCACCGAAGAAAUCCAGGCUGCACCUUCUCAAGAUCAGCCAGUUCCAGCUGAAGACACAGCAUCUGCAGUGCCACCUGGCUUUCUCUUUAAGGUCGAAGUUCUACAUGAUUUUGAGGCAGCUAACAGCGAUGAGCUUAAUUUAAAACGAGGAGAUAUCGUGCUAGUAAUUCCUUCUGAAACCACAGCUGAUCAGGAGGCUGGCUGGUUGACGGGCAUUAAGGAAUCUGAGUGGCUCCAGUACAGAGAUGCAAAUAGUUAUAAAGGACUUUUCCCAGAGAACUUCACACGCCACCUGGAGUAGUUCUCGGCAUAGGCAGACGAAUGUGGUAUGACGUUCAGUCAGUAGGUUUUUAACCUCUCUGAAACACAGGAGCCCACCUUUUUGUAGUUUAAGCUGUUAAUGGUUUACAGACUGGUGCCAGACAAAGCUUGUUGAAACAUAUCAAAAUGAGCAUGAAUGCAAACAGUUAAGCUAGCAAUUUCUGAAAAGCAGUACAUGAAAAAAAAAAUCAAAUAAAAAAGAAAUGUCCUUAUUUGUUCACACGUAUGUGGCAACAGGUUUGUUUGUGCUUUGUCAGAGCUAUGGUGAUCCUGUAUUUGGUCCUUUCCCAUGAAAUCUGAAAUUAGCCUCCUCAAUACCAAAACCUUAACUUCUCUGCACUAAGUGUAUUGUAUUGAGUUGCACUGCAGAAGAUUUAAUUAGUUAUCCUGUAGUAAUGAGGUCAAACUAUUAUAAGUUUCAUGUGUUUCAAAAAAUAAUUAACUGCUGCAAUGUUUUUCAAUGUUAUUUUUGGACAUGCAUAAUAUAUAUACACACACACCAGAACUUAUAUGUGUAUAUAUAAGUGCAUAUGGAUAUAUAUGCAUUUUCAUGACUUCAUGGUAGUUCUUUGACUGUGUAGUAUCAUCAGUACACGCAUUGCUCUUUCACUGUCUGGCAUUACAGGAAAUGGUUUUGUUCCAAAGCAAAACUAGCUGCUCCAUUGCCAAAACAUGAUACAGUAUCUGUGUUUGUAAUGUGAAAUUUUCAUUCUGAGAUGAUGAAUAACAUCCUGUUCAAAGCUGCUAAACCUUUGAGAAGGCAUGGCUCGGUCUCUUCCAGCUGCAGUAGUUACAAUGAGAUAAUCUGGAGGAGGAGUUGUUAUGAUGCUAAUCUAUACUUUUUUAUUUAAUUGGCUGAAUAAAUUUAAAAAAAAAAACAGAACUAAUCUAUGAGAAGAAAUAAACACAAUAUAUUUUCACUAUAUGUAUUUAUGCAGCGUACCUUCACAGAUUCUUUUAAAAUAAGAUAUAUAAUGUAUCCUGUAUCAAAAAGUCAUCUGUAACUUAUGUUUUCCAGUGCUGUGUCAUUAAAAAUAAACCUUUGAUCC